UUCUCUUAGCCAAUAUUGGAAUUUUGGGGUCUCCAACAAUCCUCCAUUGCGCAUCUAGAAAUAGAGCAACCACCACAAUAUCCAUGUCAAAUUAUUUGAUGAGAUUAUCAUUCAAUUUCUUCACACCAGGACAGGGCAGGUCAAAGAGUUAUUUUAGAUAGUUAUAGUUUGUAUUGGACAUUUCUCGAUUUCUCCGGAUGUAUGCACCGGUGGUUUUCAACUGUGUCGAAUUCGGAGGGAGUUCCAGAACGCAGUUAUAAACGGUUGGAGCGCGUCCCGUUUGUAGUCUAGUCAGUCAGGCGGUCUGUUAGAUCCCGGAGAGAGAGAGAGAGAGGGAGAGGGCUUGAGUAGGGGACAAAUGAUGGCAAUAGCGAAGAUACCGUGGCUACUUCUCCUCGAGAUGGGAUUGUACGCCAGUUGUUUCGUUUGUGGAAUCGUCACGGCAGCGUCUCUCACUAUCACACAGGGGAGUUUCAGGGGUCUCUGUAUCCUGUACGGGACAGUAAAUCACAACUCGUCAUCAGACUCCAUAUUGGUCCAGACCUCCAGCUCUCCCUCGCUCUGUUACUUUGUCUCUGCUAUCUCAGUCUGUGUAGCAGUGUUCUGUUUCUCUAUAUCACUAUACUGGAUAUAUACAUGCUGCCUGGAUGGAGGGGUUAACAGAGAGUGUCUAUGGCUGAGCGUGACCCUGGUGGUGUGUGGAGUGUUUCUCUUCUUCCUCCUGGUGACGGGCUGUGUGUUGAAGAUAGGAAGAGACUCUCUGUGUGACUCUGUCCUACACGCUGUCCCCAACAUCACCAGCUGUGAAGAGGCUCAGUCUAGGACCUGGAUCAGUCCUUACACUGGAACACAGUUCUACACUGGACUGUACAACGCUGGGACUGCGGUGUGGGUGAACUUCUUUUUCUGGAUUCUGAUUGGCGUGCUGGUGGUGAUCCAGAGAGGUCAAGGGUCAGAGUUCAGAAUGACGGCGGCCGACCCCUUAGCCACGCCCUCUGAGACAGAACCUUUCUUCCCGCGCCCGACCCGGCCCCAGUGACUCAUAACCGUCUCGCCUUACGACCUGUUGGCUAGACACGUGUGGAUGUGUGCAAACACAUGACGGAGACAUGCACACACACACACACGGGGGACGGACACACACACACGGGGGACGGACACACACGUACUCCUCACUGUCUGACCUGUUAGUAGAGAAUGAAUGAACCUCACCCUGUGUAUGUUUUCAGAGAGAGUCCUCCUCACACACACACGUACUGUUCCUGGGGUCAGUGUCUAUGCGGAUCUCUGGUUCUGAGUACUGCGCCCCAGUGAAGCAGAGAUGGCCUAGCUGAUUUAAGGCAGCAUCUGUCUCUUCACUGGGCUAAAGGAUUUAACAAACAUAUACCAUUGGUAACACGUAGUGCCACUGUAGCUUGCUCUGUGGUCCCUCCAUCCACAGUCUUUUCUCUGUGGUCCCUCCAUCCACAGACCUUUCUCUGUGGUCCCUCCAUCCACAGUCCUUUCUCUGUGGUUCCUCCAUCCACAGUCUUUUCUCUGUGGUCCCUCCAUCCACAGUCCUUUCUCUGUGGUCCCUCCAUCCACAGACCUUGCACUGUGUGUGUGUGUGUGUGUGUGUGUGUGUAUCCCACUACGGACCACUGCCAAACCAAGGCUACUGCACCACAGUCAGCUUUCAGCAAUGUCACACUGUCCUACAGACAGACAGACAGACAGACAGACAGACAGACAGACAGACAGACAAGACAGACAAGACAGACAAGACAGACAAGACAGACAAGACAGACAAGACAGACACACCUUAUGUCUUCCUGACUACUAAGACACAAAGCAACCAUUUUGUUACUGCGUUCCCUUUCUGCCUGCACUUACUUAGAUUCUUUUUUUAAUUAUUAAAAAGCAAAAACAUGUAUUUUGUUUGAGUGAAUGAAUUAUUGUUGCCAUUUGCUGAUACUGUAUCGUUGAAUCUUUUUUACAGAGCUUUAUUAAAACAGGUAUCGACCAUCCAAUUAAAGAUACAUUUUGUUUGUCAGA